AUGCGAAAUGACGGCGUGUGGCCGUACAAAGAUCUGGAGCCUGGCACUUCCAUCAACCAGAUUAGGAACUAUCGUCUGGGCGCGGGCAUAUCACUUUCCAAGAUGCGGUACUCGUGCGAUGAAUUCCCUCCAGCUACAUGGGUCGAGGGUGGAGGCGAUCGAAACGAUCCCAACGUGGCAUCGCAGACACGCUGUGCUGCCCUGAGCUGUGCACCUCGAUGCAAAGCCGAACAGAAUUGGCAGGCCGACGCGCAUAACAAGCUUCAGCGCCAGCUCAAGUCCAUCAUCAUACAGCAGAAGAGAGCUUCCAAUAACCUAUUGCAUCCCACGUAUCAAAAUAAGAAUAGCGUAGCGCUGUUCACCUUCACAGCUGAGAAUGUGGCAAACGGCGUGGCUGCAAGGGUAGUGACGUACGAAGACCCAGCCCGGACGAUCUUCUCUGGCGAGAAGGUCGUCAAUCAGGCGAAACGAGGAACCCCCGAAACAGACCACACGAACAAAUCGAGUGCAUUCUUAGCCUCGAGAUGGGAGUUUUCAGCGGACCGUGUCCAAGAACUGAUAGACGCGGGUCAUGGUGGCCAGUACAUCGUCCCGGCAAACGACUCCGGCGGGUACGACUCAUGGCCCGAAGCUGAUCUGACUGGCACAACGGUACCAAUGUCUUACAUGAACUCGACUCGCUGGACGGAUGAGGAGGACGACGACGAUGACGACAUCUUCGACGAGCAUUACGAUGUCGAUGAAGAGAGCGAGAUGGAACGACUUGAGUCUCGUGAAGAAGCUAUAGAUGUCCAAACCGAGCCUCGCAACGAACACGUGUCUCAGUCAUUUCCCUUAGUCGCACGACAGUCUGACACUAGAAAUAUCUCCGCAUCUGAUAUCACUCCUCUCUUGACCAACGCCUCACUGUCCGACCUGGCAAAAGCGCGAAUCAUCGUUGAGAAAGCUAUCGCGGAGUCUUCCAAGCUCAACCAAGCUCGAUUGUUGAGCCCUAUGCGAAACAACUAUGGGCUGAAGCCUGGCACUUCCAUCGGGCAAUCGAAGGUCAAGCGUCGUCUACGUGCAAGAGAAGACGGCACACCAGUGCCACCCCUCCUAAACAUUACCGACAGCAUCGCGGAUGCUGCAGCUCUAGUCGCUGAAGCUGAUGCAGCUGGCAUACCCGGAAAUUUAACGAAGCGCGCUGUGGCUGCCAAGGGCACCUACUGGAUGGGCAGUAUCGACAGGAAGGGUACGGUACCAUGGGGCGACAACGCGACAUACGCAGUUUUCCGGAAUGUGCUCGAUUAUGGUGCAGUUGGUAACGGUGUCACCGACGACACCAAAGCGUUCAAAGCCGCCAUGCUAGACGGCAAACGUUGCGGGAAGGGCUGCAACGGCUCUACCCUCAAGAAUGCCAUUGUGUAUAUACCGCCAGGCACGUACCUGAUCUCGACCACCAUUCCCAUGCCAUUCGGGACGCAAGUCAUUGGAGAUGCAAAUGACAGGCCAACCAUUCUGGCAUCUAAGUCGUUUAUCGGUAUGGGGGUGUUGUCGACAGACGAGUACACUGGCGGAGGGACUGGCGCUGAUGGUCUAGAUGAGGAGUACUACAUCAACACGGCAAACUUCUACCGGCAGGUUCGCAAUGUGAUCAUCGACGUUAGACAGACCCGUGCUUCGCAGAAGGCCUCAUGUUUGCAUUACCAGGUUGCUCAAGCUACGAGCACGCAGAAUGUACUCCUCAUCGCCGGUCCGACACAGAAUGGCAUGUAUGCUGAGAAUGGCAGCGGUGGGCAGAUAUCAGACAUAACCUUCCAAGGUGGAGCUAUCGGCCUUUAUGGCGGUAGUCAGCAAUUCACAGCCCAACGCUUGAAGUUCGAGGGCUGUACGAUCGGCGUCCAUCUCAUUUGGGAUUGGGGUUGGGUCUGGAAGUCCGUUACCAUGAACAACGUCGGCACUGGAUUCAAGCUUGUACCCGACAGUACUUCUGGUGCAGCGGCGGGCAACAUAGGCUCAGCGUCCUUCCUCGAUUCGUCUUUCAACAAUGUCAAGACAGUCGUUCAGAUCUCACCUUCCACUUUGACAGUUGGGUCAGGCAGUACUGGGCUCAUCCUCGAAAACAUCAGGCUUUCAGGCGUGGGUACCACCGUCGCUGAUACAGGAGGAAAGACGAUAUUGGCCGGUUCCUCAUCCAAGAUUGACGAAUGGGCGAUGGGCCCGGUUUAUAAGGGCUCGGCUGAUAAGAAAGACCGCAAAUUCACGACAGGGGAAAAGGUCGGAAGUUUCCGCCGCCAUUCAACUCUUGUCGAUAGAGAUGGAGCAUACUUUGAGCGUGCCAAACCCCAGUACGAAGACCGUCCAGUUGGCGACUUCGUACACAUCAAGGACCUUGGAGCCAAGGGUGAUGGAAUCACUGACGACACCGCGGCGUUCCAAGCUGCACUGCAUUCGAGUCUGGGUAGGAUACUCUUCAUUGACGCUGGCUCUUACAUACUCACGUCGACGGUGACGGUUCCUAGUGGCACCAAAAUGGUUGGCGAAACCUGGUCGCAGUUGGUUGCUUCCGGGUCAUACUUCGAAGAUGCGCUCCAUCCCAAGGUGAUGCUCAAGGUCGGUAUCAAAGGCCAAACAGGAGAUGUCGAGAUGCAGGAUCUGUUCUUCACUACACUCGGGGCGACGGCGGGAGCUGUCCUGGUUGAGUGGAAUCUUAAAGCGUCCAGCCCCGGAUCGGCUGCGUUGUGGGAUUGCCACGCCCGUGUUGGAGGCGCUACUGGGACCAAGUUGACGCCGAAGGAAUGCCCACCAGUCACCAGUGGUGUUGACCAAGGAUGCAGCGCCGCAAGCUUGAUGUUCCAUCUUACGUCGUCUGGCUCGGCAUAUCUCGAAAACGCGUGGUUCUGGGUUGCAGAUCACAUGAUCGACGACCCUGAUCUCGAAAGCGGUGCCAACAACAUGGAACAAAACUCGGUAGCCCAAAACAUUUUCGCGGGCUUGCUCCAGACUGAGUCACCAUACUACCAACCCACGCCACCUCCACCCGCUCCAUUCAAAUCCGCGCUUGGUGUUUUCCCGGGCGACCCUACAUACGAAUGUGCGGCCGGCGAUGAGUUCAGUGGGUGCGACGAGUCAUGGGCGAUCAUAAUGCGAGAGUCGCAGAAUGUGUUCAUCGCAAGCGCGGGCCUAUACUCUUGGUUCUCCACGUACGCGCAGACCUGCAUCGACCAGCAGCUGUGCCAGAAAGCUUUACUUUUGCUCGAGAAGAACUUCUCGAACGUCAGAAUUCAGCAUCUCGUUACCAUCGGCGCCAAAUACAUGGCAAUCAUGGAUGGUAAGGGCAUACUUGCCAAGGACAACCUCAACGUCAAUUCCCACCCUUUUUGGUCGCAGAUCUCUGUGCUGGACGUCAGCAGCAAUGGCUCCAUGUACGACGAGUACAUCUGGGUAGAUCCCAAAAUUUGGGACAUGGACCAGCCAGCGUUCACCUGCUCGCCGCCUUGCAACGUCAAGGUUCCUCCAUGGACCCGUGCAACAAGCACACUGAACUAUCCGUUGAUCACUGUCAGCGACGGCGAUUGGACAAGCACCAUCACGAAACCGCCCAUGACGAUAUCGGAGUGGAUAUUUGAGCCCGUGACACUGACUGGACAAGCUGUCAACCAGAAGCGCCAGGGCUUUGAGGCCUUCUGGCCCAAACCCGCAACCACACCCCAUUGGCCUUCGGUGAUCUAUGCCGGCCCAGAUGGUGAGUCUACCACGGUAGGGCCUAAGAUAUCGUUUCCAACGCCACCACCAUCUGUCGGUCCCAAUGCGCAGCCACCACCGACAGGUAGCUGGCCCAAACGGCAGAUUCAGCCAAUCAUCGGGCAGCUGGAGGAACCCUUGGUCAAGGAAUGUAGCUUCAUUGACUUCAGUUGCCUGACCGAACCAUGGAUCUUUGGCCAAAACAACACCAUCUCAGAUGGGGACGACGACGAUUUUGAUGAGAACUGGGAGGACAGCGACGUUGUAUGUCCAUUACCGAGCAGUUCCUCAUCUAGCUCUUCGUCUUCGACGAGGACGACGACGACCGAAGACCCGCCAGAGCCCACAGCAUCUCCGCGCGAGGGCGAUCCAAUGCAGAACAAAGUCGAUUGUUACGGUGGUUUGGAUCAGAAAACAGAACAUGUGCGCAUGGACAAUGCCAUCAAUAGCUUCUGUGGUGGACUGGGGAGCCCUGGUGACGUCUUUAAGGAAGACUACUUCAAGUCGAUAACCUUCCCAUUUCCCCAGGGUUCAGGAACCGGUGUUCAGAUCCUCAUAUCGCUCAGCGUGGAGAAAGGCUGCCAGUUCAAGUAUAGCUACGAUCUCUGCCACAGAUAUCUAGAGGUUCCCGUCAACAGCUGUCAAUGUGGAGGCACAAACGGUAAGCAGGGUGGUUUCUUGAACAACGACUGCUAUGAGUGGAGGAUCGAUCCGCAGACUGUGUUUUAA